AUGUUUAAACCAAAAACUCAAAUAUCCAACAUCGAUGUCAGAGUUGGAGAUGACGUCACUUUACCUUGUAAAGAUGUUAAAGACUUUGGUGAUAACUGCACAAGUACCACCUGGCUCUACGCUGAAUCAAACAAAUUAGUGGCACUGUUUGAAUACGAGAGGAUUAUCAAAGAUGCUGGAGGUAAAUCAGGCAGACUGAGAGUUACGAAGGACUGUUUACUGGUUUUAGAGAAAGUCACAGCUGAAGAUGAAGGUCUUUACAUCUGCAGACAGUACAGUUCAGAAGAACAAUUCACAGACUCUGAGGUUCAACUGUCUGUUAACAUCAAAGCUGUAUCCUCAUCAUCAACAACAACAACCACAACAACAACAACAACACAACCACCACCACCACCACCACCACCACCAACAACAAGAACAACACCAGCCACCACAGAAAACAAUACAAGUACAGGUACGCCCCAGAUCAUAGUCGCUGUUAUUUUACCACCGCUCCUGAUUGUCCUCGUUGUUUUGUUGAUCAUCAGAUGGAGGAGGGCUAAAGAGAGGGAAACACAGCCGGGGGGCAACGAGGUGCAGACGGAUCCUGAAGAUGAUGUUCCCUAUGCCACCCUCAACUACCCCAACACCAACACAGGGACCCGGGUUCAAGCUGGAAAUCCUCCUCAUGAUACUGUGACCUACAGCACCGUCAGAGUUCACUCCUCUUCCGCUGCAGCUUCCACUGAUCCAAACAACUUCUACUCCACCGUCCAGGCAGUAAAGAAACAAUAGAUACGCAAGAUUUCUGCGCAAGGAUUCACAAUGAAAUCCACCCACUCUUGAGGCCCCUGGUGUUUUUAGCUUCAUGUGGGAUGUAAAACACUGAGAUGUUUAAUUUUAAACAAAACCAGUGGAUCCGGUUAAUAUUAGGAACAAAGGAAAAGUCUAAAAAAAACGAACAAAAUCUGUAGAGACAGGGCUUUACAGAAUGAGGGAUGUACUGUAUAUGUGGAUACUUCAGAAUAAUAAUAAUAAUAAUAGUAAAAUGUGUUUUAAUAUAAAGAAAUAAAAUAUGAUUUGGCUUCACAAAUCUCUCACAUCCCACAUAAACGUCAUAGUGAGAAACCUGAUCCGUUCAUCUGAGGAAGGUAUGAAUGGAUCAUUUGGAAGAUUAAAUAUUAUUUUCCAGUAGAUCUUCAGCUUUAAGUUUUACAGCCAGUCACCUCAAAACUAUAAUUGAUCCCCUUCGAUUUGCUUCCCACGUGUGAAUUUUUCAAAGUGAAGGAAUGAGAGUAAAAGCAGUUUCAGGUUCAACAACACCCUCCAUUUGAGUUUUAUUCAGGUUUUUUUGUUUCAGACGACUGAGGAGCUCUACCAGCCUUUUGCCGCCAGAUGGCGCCAAAUAUCCCAAGUUGGUUCUUGUAUGUAAUUUUGUGUGUGAUAAUUACCGCCAUCUAGUGUCAAAAAGUAUAACUAAGUAAGAAAUUGAUCUGUGUAAAGGCCCUGACACACCAAGCCGAUUUUCGGCCGUCGGGAGCUUUUCCGCCGAUUUGACAUGUCGAAUCGGCGUCGGCCGUCUGUCAAACAGCUCACUCUGUGAUUGGCUGUUCCCAGAAUUUCCAAGAAUGCUUUUCGUCGUCAUUUGCGGACUGAAUAAAAAAAAAACAU